AUGUCUAUCCCCGCUACCCAGAAGCAGUGGAUCAUCCAGAGCGCCGGCAAGGGGCUCGAUGAGCUGGCCUACCAGGACGCCCCGGUGCCCAAACUCGGUGAGACUGAUGUGCUCGUCAAGUUGCGGGGCGCGUCGCUCAACUAUCGCGACUUGUUGAUUCCCAAGGGUCAAUACCCCUUCCCGCUCAACCUCCCCGUCGUCGCGUGCUCCGACGGCGCCGGCGAGGUGGUGGCGGUCGGGCCCCGCGUGACCAAGUGGAAGCCCGGCGAUCGUGUGGUGACGCUCUUCAACCAGGGCCACCAGUCGGGCCCCCUCGACGAGGCCGCCAGCAAGACGGGCCUGGGCGGGUGCAUCGACGGCACGCUGCGGCAGUACGGCGCCUUCGACCAGGACGGCCUCGUCCGCAUGCCCGCGAACCUCGACUUUGUCGAGGCCGCCACCCUCACCUGCGCCGCGCUGACCAGCUGGAACGCCCUCUACGGCCUGAGGAGGCUGCAGAAGGGUGAGACGGUGCUCGUGCAGGGCACGGGAGGUGUUAGCUUGUUGCGCUGCAGGUGUUUUGCCAAAGCUGCGGGCGCCACUGUCAUCGCCACCACGUCGUCGGCGGAGAAGGCCGAGGUUCUGAAGAAGCUGGGCGCCGACCACGUCAUCAACUACCGUGAGGACCCCAACUGGGGCGAGACGGCGCGCAAGCUGACGCCCGGCGGCGCGGGCGUCGACCACGUCAUCGAGGUCGGCGGCGAAAACACCAUGACGCAGAGCUUCCGGUCCAUCAAGUACGAGGGCAUCAUCUCCAUCAUCGGCAUGCUCGGCGGGUUCCAGCCCAAGGACAACAUCUUGGAGGUUCUCGCGCGCGUGUGCACCAUCCGCGGCGUCUACGUCGGGUCCAAGGCCCAGAUGGAGGAGAUGGUGGAGGUCAUGGAGAAGCACGAUAUCCACCCGGUCCUGGACGGCAAGGUGUUCACCCUGGACACGGCCAAGGAGGCGUAUGAGCAUCUGUUGAACAAAAAGCACUUUGGCAAGGUUGGCAUCAAGAUCGAGUAA